AUGCUCUAUUUUAAGGUUAAUGGUUCUUCCACAUGCAGCCACAGCAAAUUGAAGUCAUUUGCUUGGGCAAAAAACAGCAUACUUAAAGUAAGUGUAAUUUUUGGUGUUAAAUAUUAUUAAGCUUCUUCCUUCUUAGACGGCAAGCGGUCGUCCUUUGUUCCUCAGAGGCAUGCGAGGUGAGCGAAAAGUUUCCUUUUUCCCUCAGAGCCAUGCAAGGUGAGCGGAAAGUUAACAUUAUGCGAAUUACUUGCAAAAAAGGAGGAGAGAUUGGUGCAGGGAGAGAGAAAAAAGGAUGACUGCAGAGGUUUUAUUGUAUUUUUAAUUACCGUUUCAGCGAACCAGAAAUUUUGAUUGUUCACCAACUUGUCAAUCUGUCAACAACAAAAACAUCUCAGUCCCAAAGCAGUCCAAUUUUCACAGCGGCUUUUUGCGGCACAUGGCGAACACACACAUUCUGUAAACUGCACUCCAGUUUACAAAUGGAAACUGAGGUCUUCAAGGAACCUGGACUAUAUUCUGGGUCAAAAUAUUUCCUCUUUUCGCACCAAAGAAUUUCAGUACGUGACAAUGAAAGAACAAUUUCAAGUAGUUUGCCUGGUCUGUAAAAAUGCAAGGCUUCUUCCCGUUUUUGCUUUCUUUCUCGGUUACUUUCAGUAACCCCAUGUUUUUUGGGAUUUUCAGUAUUUAUUACGCCACCAUAAUUGCAAUAAGUCACAGAUAAUUGGAGAACUAUAUCCCAAACCAAAUAGCAGUUAACAGGCAAUCAAAGACAAUCUGUUUGUUUACAGGGAAAAGCACGGGAAAUAAAAAGGGCUGUCAUUAACAGCAAUUAAGGAGGCUUGAAAAGUGGCAAAUUGCCAGAUCAAAGAUCCCAUCGCAAUCUCUUCUUUUUCUCUGCUCGGGCUCCGCCCUCGUUUCUCGCUGCUUUUCCGCUUGCCACUCGCGUGUAUCCUCAGUUCUCGUACUUACAUUCUACCAUGUCUCAAAAAAAAAAAAAUAAGAGACUGCUCGCAGUCUAAAUUUGACUUCAAUUUGAUGUUUUAAAUUUGACUGUGUUUUUGCCAUCAGACAAAGUUGUCAAGCGUGACAAGGAAAUGCAGAAAGUUUGUGACAAUGGAGGUUUCUGCUGCACCACCAAAAACAGCAGAUUUACUACCACAAGGAACUAGGAUAACAGGUACCAUGGGAUAGUAAAAUAAACUAAAAUGGUAAAAGAAAACCUUUCAUUUUGUCAAACAUUUUACAAAAAGAAAAACUCUGAUUAGUAGCUACUGGUAAAUGCACUAACUUAGAUUUAAAAAUUAAAAGCACAUUUUGUUAUUUUUUAAAAAAUUAGUUUUAUUCUCUGCUUGUAUUUUCUUGGAUUUCUAUAUUUAUCUUUAAUCAUUUUGUGUAGAAUCCAUGACUUAAGCUUUGAGUAAGUUAUUUAAUUUUAGCACAAUUAUACUACAAUAUAACCCAUGAAUAGAAGCUAACCUACAAGUAUUAUUAAUAAGUGACUGUAGGAAUAAGCUUAGUGUAAAGUGCACUGACAAGAGCCACGCUGUCAUCCAUAGUGCGCAUGGCUAAAGUGCACUUGCCUUAUUCACCAAGGACAUAAACCCCACUACCCCCUCUUCCCCCAGGUCUAGAUCCACUAUUGUGCACUACUGUAUGUAAACAGAUUUCAACUGGACAAUGGAGCUACAAAUAGUUAUCAGAGAAUGUCUGACUGAAAGGGGCACAAAUUCCUAUCUUCAGUCAGACAUGAUUACCAGAUAGAUCAAAACCUAACAAAGAUAUCAUUUAGUAGUUAACAACAACAACAAUCUUUUUUGUGUACUCACUCUUGCUCAAAAAUAAAUUACAGCAAUUAAAAUAUUAAACCUAAAAAUUAGAGUACUGUCUGCCAGCCUGGCAUGGUGAUAGGCUCUGUUAAAGAAUAACAUAGUACUAAAAAUACUCAAAGUGAAUGUAAAGUACGUCCAACAACUUUUCUGGUUUAUCCAGCUUUAGUAGCAACUUGGUUGCCCAUAUUUCCUUUCUGAAAAGAUGAAUAAUUUUUGUUUGCAGUCCUGGGACAGACGAGAAUGAUUGUUUGCCUUAAGAAUGUCUGUUAGAGUUAACAGGUUUCUUGUUUUAGAAAGGUCAAAUUGUUUUAAUUUUCCACCUCUGUGACCCUUUGUUGCUAGGUUACUGGAUGAUUGGUUGUGCUGGCAUGGUGAUAGGCUCUGUAGUGCUGGGCGGAGUCACACGACUCACUGAGUCUGGUCUUUCCAUGGUCGACUGGCAUCUCAUAAAAGGCAUGAAGCCACCAAGAACACAAGAAGAGUGGGAGAGAGAGUUUGCAAAAUAUCAGACAUAUCCAGAAUAUAAAUAGUAAGUUUCUCUUGUUGUUGUAUAUUUUCUUUAUUUAAACAUAAUCAUUUUAUUGAUGAAGAUUGCCCUAAGAGUUAAAAGAACUCAUCAAGAGGGCUCACUUCUCAAUAACAUUUAAUAAGAAUAAUUACAUUAAAAAGUUAUUAGUCAAAGUGGCAGCAAAACAAAGAGGAUAUUAAAGCAAUGAUAGCAGGUGGAAAAUACAUAUUUAGUAGAAAGAAUUCAUAUUCAAAAAGUUUUAUAGUGUGAAGUUUAAUACGUCAAGUGGAUGGAAACUUUUAAUUUAUUUAUUAUCAUCAUCAUCCUGUGACCACCAGAGUGGUUGGGACAUUCACGCCAUGGAGAUUUCUUCCCAAACACCACAAUUCACUAUCAGUUAAUACUCAUGAGUCAUGUUUUAAUCACCUACAAUAAGGUAUUGAAAAUUUUAUUGGCCUAUUUCGAGAGCAGGUAAUACUUUGAAUGCAACUUUUUUUCUGAAAUGACUCUAAAUUUGAAGACCUGUGCCAGGUUGUUUAAGCUUAAAAGCAAAUCCAGUUUAAUUCGUUUUGUCUCCAAUUUGAUGUGUAGAUGCUCUGAAAAGAAAUGUAGAGAAAAUUAUCCAAGAAAAUGCUUUUGAACAAGAGAUAAAGAAACCAAGAUCAAAAUUUGUCCCUAGAUUAGCACUGAUUGGCCUUCGCACAACUGGGCCCUGGGCAACACAUCAACACCCAAAACCUACCAUUAGUAACUGCUCCAGGGAUUUCAUACAUAGAUCCAGAAGUGUCACCUCUGAAUAAAUUGACAUUGAUGUUUCUUGUCAUGUUUUAUCUUUUCUUUUAACUAGUGCCAAUCAAGGCAUCUCUUUGACUGAGUUUAAAUGGAUUUGGUACAUGGAGUAUGCUCACAGGAUGUGGGGUCGCUUGGUUGGUGCAGUAUUCUAUCUUCCUGCUGCUUACUUUUGGUAUAAAGGUUAUUUUAACAAAGGACUGAAGAUCAGAGUUGGCGUGUUUGGGGCACUGAUAAUGUGUCAAGUAAGAUUACCUACAAUUUUUUUUUUUCAGCCAUUUCUAGCAUUUAACAUCUCAAUAAUUUCUGUAAUUCUCAUCUAGGCAUGUCAACUUAUGGCUUCCCUGUAUUGAAUGUUAUAUUCAUCACUAGAUGUGCCAUUGCUCUACACUGUAAAUGAUGGUCAGGGUGUCACUAAAAUUUUAAGUUGCUGGGUAAAUACAACAAAUAGGCGGGGAAUCAAACACCUGGUAUUUCCUUUGGUUCUAUAUUUCUUCUAUUUUCCUUUGAAGGUAGCCAGGGGCCACUUUCAUUAUAGCCUGGGAAAUUCCUGGCUCCCGCCUCUCAAUGACGGCCCUGAUGGUUAUAGUACGGUGGCAUCGUAUUAUAGGACUGAGUGGAGUCAAAUUUGGUCGUUAAUCAUAUGUAUGAUUAUCAAGUACAUUUUCUCAUCAUUUACACAUUCUGUCCAAUAAAUUAUGCUGGAAAUGUGGAAAUAAUAUCUGCCACAGUGUAUAGUAGCCGACAAGAUUAGAGAAUCCUAUUUUAGUUGUGAUUAAAAUGGGAUUAACGAGCAACAAAAUGGUCAGCAGUUAAACUAAACAAGUACAUCAGUUUUUCUUGUUAUCUUUUAUUUGUAAAUGAUUUAAAUUUUUUUGUUGUGAAAACUAAAUACAUAAUUGACACAUUAAUAAAGCUGUUACUUACGUACCUUUUUUUGACAUCAAUCAAUGAUCUCUUCUUAUCUCUGUGACUGCUAAAUAUUAUUAUUUGUAUUUUGUCAUUUUAAGGGUUUGCUCGGCUGGUAUAUGGUAAAAAGUGGACUUGAUGAAGAAAAGAUUAGCAAGACAGAAAUUCCUCGUGUGAGCCAAUAUCGACUUGCAGCUCACCUUUCAAUGGCCUUCCUUCUGUAUGCUGGUUUGGUGUGGUGUGCACUCUGUCAGUUUAUACCAAGGCCCAAGGUAAAUUAGUAGACAAGUUUCUCAGGUAUACUCCUUGUAUUUUUUUGGUGGCAUGGUUUAUAGAGCUGUCUUUAUCAGAGCAGAAAAAUCUUGUGGCCAUUGUGUUAGCUUUGCAAACCACCUUCUUUAAUAACAAAUUUACCAUAAAUAUUAUCUUAUUUUUUUUCCAGUAUGUCAUGACACCCCAGUUGAGACGGGUCAGGUGGUUUGCUCAUGUUUGCAAAGGUUUUGUGGGUUUUACCGCAGUGUCUGGUGAGUCAAAAAUAACAUAGAAACCUACACAAUAGAACCUCCAUACUCAGUGGGACUGGAGUAAAUAGUGUGGAAAAUCAAAUAUAUGAAUAUUAAUGACUUCUUUCAUGCCCUAAUGUUAUCAUUUCCACCACAAGUCUAUCUGUCAAGACUAAAAUUUGUUCAUCUGUUAUCUGUAGAGAUACACUGUGAGCAGUCUCUUUUUCUUCAGAUUUAGUGAGGGGAGUGCAGGCGCGCUCGAGUGUUGAGGCGAUAAAUGAGGGCGGCAGCCCAAGAAGAAGAAAGAAAAAAAGUGUCUUUUUGGUGUCUCUCCUGUCUCACACCUUCCGUCACACGGGUGGUCAUUUGUGUGUCUCCCAUGUUUUGCUGGACGGACCAAAAAAAAAGAGAGACUGCUACUGCAGAGAGCUCAUUUUAUAUGAAGUUGAGUUAGGGCUUCAUCACUUACAAUGCAUGCAAAUGCUACUGUUCUUUGAAACGGAACUUUGAAAGCACUGAUGACACUCGAGUAACUUAUUGAUUGAAGCUCCUUACCCCUCCCUCCUUAGGUGCCUUUGUUGCAGGCUUAGAUGCAGGUCUGGUUUACAACUCUUUUCCCAAGAUGGCUGAUCGAUGGAUUCCGAGUGAUUUGUUUGCUCUUGAGCCAAAGUGGAAAAAUUUCUUUGAAAACCCUACUGCAACACAGUUUGUUCACAGAAUUCUUGUGAGUAGUUUUCUGUUUAAUUCAUUUUUUAGCAAAUCUAUUUUUGGCAUACCACACAUUGAAAGAGGGCACAUUUUUUCGUAACCUGAAUUUCAUCCAAUUGCUUCGAGUCGUUUUCUCCUCAAUAAUAACAACUCGAAGUACAUGUAAUCAGAUUAAAUUCAGGCUACAUUUUUUCAAUUAUUUCUAUUAAAAAUACAUAUUUUGGGUGGGAGAGUCAUCUGAUGACCCCUCCUUAAAAACAUCAGUUGAGUAACAAAUAAUUCUCAUUUUUUUUGGUGCAACAUCCUUGAAGGUCCCUCAAGUUACUCUUGUUUUGACAGCUCUAAUAGUGGUAAUUUUUUUUACAGGGUACAACCACAGUGUCAUCCGUCGCAAUCUUGUUUCUUCUUGCAAGGCCUCUAACAUUACCAGGAAGAGCCCAUCUAGCAUUAAAUUGCUUGCUGGGGGUGGCUGCUGGUCAGGUGAGGAAGCUACAGAAAUGA